AUGGUCAGGGAAAACCUGAAAAGGAGAGGGAAGUACAAAGGUAUGUAGAUAUCGACUAAUGAUAAAACGAAGAGAGAGCUCGACAAUAGAAUGGUCUCUUACUUCAGUGAUUUAUAUAAAUGCUUCAUCUAUAUUGGCAACUACUGGGUUGAUAGACCCUAGACAGCUCACAAAGACAUUUAAGAAGCUAAGAAUAUCACUCUAAAGGUCAAAGAACUAAUUUCUUAAGUGGUAGUAGGUGCAGAGGAUUCUAUUUAACUGAAGUUCAGAGAAAGAGCGAAAGGAGAGCAUUCAGAUGCAUUAAUAAAUGGUCAAGCUGAUAUGAGUAAAGGCUCAAGAAGAACAAAGGAAAGGAAGAUUGGAGAAGUUAUUCUUGCGGUUAAGAAAUGGAGGGAAUUAUACACUGUGGGAGAAAGAUAGCCAGACUAAUCAUUUAAGUAGUAAAGUCUAGAAGAUGCUGCAUUAAAAGUUGGAAUAUCAAAGAAAUCUCUCGAUGAUUAUUUCCUCUAGCUAAAGAAUGGCCAGAGGAAUGGAUUCAAUUUUAAUGAACACAAGAAUGACAAAAUUGGCAUUCUUAGAGCUUACAAUAAGAAAAAUAGAAAAGCCGAUAUUUCAGGUGGUUAACUAUCUGGAGGACAAUAAGACAAAUACAUCAUUUCUAUUGGAAAUUAUGAGGGAGGAUUACUUGGAUUAUCUUUCACUGAUUUCGAUCAAAUUUAAGAAGGUGUUGAAACUGAGUAUGCCUUCAAUUCUAUUUAGGUAAGCAAUAUCUCUUUAACAAUACUCUAGGGAUCAAUAAAUGCAAUGGACGGCAAUAAAAAAUUAUUAGCUCUAGGUGGAUACCAAGAGAUUAUUAAACUUUAUGAUGUUUCGACCAAAAAAGAGAAAGGAGAACUAAUGGAGCACUAAGGUUCUAUAACAUGCCUGCAGUUCUUUAAGAAUACUUACUUGAUUUCUGGAUCUGACGAUGGAGUAAUCAUUUUAUGGAGAUGCAAAGAUUGGGUUCCUCUGCACAAGCUUAGAGUUAAAAAUGUUUCAAGAGUCAUUAAUUUUUCUCUUCAUCCCUCAGGAAGAAUGCUUUUGGUUUUAUAUGAGAACAAUAUGUUUAGAUUGUGGAACAUGCUUGAUGGUAGAUGUACCUUCAAGAAAAAGCUAGGACUAAAUGAGGAGACAGAAAAAGUGCAGUAUAAAGUGCAAUAAGUUAAAUGGGGUGGUGAUAAUGGAGAAGCUUACGCUAUCCUAUAUGAUAAGAAAGUAGAAAUAUUGGGAGUUGACUCUGAUGUGCCCAAAUCAAGUGUUACCUCUGAAGCUAUUUUUGUGUGUAUGGAAUUCAUUAACUAAAAUGAACUUUUAUUGGCUGACGUGAAUGGAAGAUUUACAUACCUUAAAGGUAUAUAAUCAGAAGCUACUACAACAAUUAGUAUUAUAUAGACUAAAGUAGCCAGGUUUAGGCAAAUCAGACAUAUCUAAGGAUCAGAUAUAGUGAUCUCAAUCUCUACAGAGGGAAGUAUCAGCUUUUGGAGUUUAGAAAAAUUAUAAAGCUUUAAUAAUGAGAUGGGCAACAUCAAGGCAGUGAAAACGAUCAAAUCUAAGCAUAGACUUUUGUGCAUGAGUGUCAACUACCUUGGAGAACCAGAGGAUGAAAUAGUUGUAAAGAAAAAUAAAGAUAAAAAGAAGCUCAAAAGAAAGGGCAAGUUGAGCAAAGAUGAAAAGGUCAUUCUUAAAAGACAGAAGACUCACUGA